CCCACCCCACCCUACCCGUCCGCGCGAAAUUAAAACCAUCAACCCGAAAACGAAACGCAACAACAAUUGCUAUCCGCGUUCCUUCCGUUCCGAACCAACGCCAAACAGGGUUCAUAACACCUCCAUUUCAUUCCCUUCUUCGAAUCGCUCACAACUAAGAAGUUUUGCAGUUAAAAAUACUGCAAAGUACGGUUAUUCCAAUAUUCUUCUCCGAAGGCGUAAUCUAGCGCACGAGUAAGAUGAAACGGAGAAAGCGCAGCCACAGCGAGAGCAGAAACGAAGAAGACAGACUGAGCGACUUACCCGAAUGCGUUCUCCUCCACAUACUAACAUUCCUGAACGCCAAACACGCCGUAAGAACCUGCGUGUUGUCGACUCGAUGGAAGGACCUCUGGAAGCGUCUUCCAACCCUAAUUCUGCACUCCUCCGACUUCUGGACUUUCAAGGGUUUCACCAAAUUCGUCUCGCGCCUCCUCUCCCUCCGCGACGCCUCGCUCGCACUCCUCAAACUCGAUUUCGAGCGCCACGGCUGCAUCGAGCCGCAGCUCCUCAAACGGAUCGUCAAAUACGCCGUUUCCCACAACGUCCGCCAGUUAGGAAUCUCCGUCAAGUGCGACAUCCGCGACGUUCCCCAGUGCGUUUUCUCGUGCCAGACUUUGACCUCUCUCAAGCUCUCCGUUUGCCCUAGAGGUUACAUCUACGGCAGCACGCUGUUUCCGAAAUCGCUGAAUCUCACGGCCUUAACCACCUUGCAUCUUCAGCACUUCACCUUCUGUAAAGGCGAUGAUGAUGAUGAUGACAUGGCUGAACCGUUUUAUGCUUGCCGUAGGUUGUGUGAUUUGACUAUUGACUAUUGCACUGUGAAGGAUGCGAGAAUUCUCUGCAUUUCGAGUGCUACGCUUGUGAGUUUGACUAUGCGGUCUGAUCAGUCGGGGGAUUUUUACAAAAUUGUGCUGUCUACGCCGAAUCUUUGCGCUUUUGCUUUCACCGGUGCACCUUAUCAGCAACUGCUUGGGAGCAAUCUUUCUUCGCUCGAAAGAGUGAGUAUUGAUGCGGAAAUCUGGUCGACUUCGUUGGAGUCUCCUUUGAUUCUGUUGAGUUGGCUGUUAGAGCUUGCCAAUGUGAAAUCAUUGACAGUCUCUGCAAGUACUCUUCAGGUUCUCUUCUUAAUUCCAGAGUUGUUGAAGAUUAAACUCCCUUGCUUGGGUAACUUGAAGUCUUUGAAAGUGGAACUGAAACCACUCUCACCUAUAUUUUCCAUGAGACUGAAAGCUGCCAAGUCGUGGAAAGCAGCAUUGAAACCAUCUCCACCGCCUAUGCCUGAUGGGAUAGUGGAUUUUUUGCUUCAAAACUCGCCAUCAGCAAAAGUUGACAUGAUAGAUUUCGCAAGAUGAAAUGUGAAUUAUUGUAAUUGGUUUGGCUUUUACUUCCUUCCGUGUUUCUGUUUCCCUUAGUUCAUCUGUUUAUGACUAAUUAUUAGUGGAUAGAUUGCAAGUUCUUUUGGUAGAGAAACAAAUUGUAGAUGUAUUAAAAUCAGUCUCAAACUAAUUAUUGAAAUUGAGGCACUAAUGUUCAUCUUACUUACUUUUGAGUUUCUGUUAUAUGGUACUUUUGAUUUUGAAAUAUACUUAGUCUAUUUGGACAUUUGGUUA